AGCAAGCAGCUUUUUGACAGAAAACCAACUCGAAAAUGGCAGUCACUUCCGUCUGUCAAAUUUUUCUUUCUUUCCCAGCCACGACGAGCAAGGGUCGACAGCAUGAGUUCUCUAAAGCUCCAAAAGAGGCUCGCAGCCUCCGUACUGCGAUGCGGCAAGAAGAAGGUUUGGUUGGAUCCUAAUGAAAUCAAUGAAAUCGCCAACACAAACUCGCGUCAAAACAUCCGCAAAUUGAUCAAGGAUGGUCUGAUCAUCAAGAAGCCCGUCGUCGUGCAUUCCCGCUUCCGUGUGCGCAAGAACACUGAGGCCCGUCGCAAGGGUCGCCACUGUGGUUUCGGUAAGCGCAAGGGUACAGCGAACGCUCGUAUGCCCACCAAGUUGCUGUGGAUGCAGCGUCAGCGUGUGCUGCGUCGUCUCCUGAAGAAGUACCGCGACAGCAAGAAAAUUGAUCGCCAUCUGUACCACGAUCUGUACAUGAAGUGCAAGGGUAAUGUGUUCAAGAACAAGCGUGUUCUCAUGGAGUACAUCCACAAGAAGAAGGCCGAGAAGCAGCGUAGCAAGUUGCUCGCUGACCAGGCUGAGGCCAGACGUACCAAGGUGCGCGAGGCACGCAAGCGUCGUGAGGAGCGCAUUGCCACCAAGAAACAGGAACUCAUCGCUUUGCACGCCAAGGAGGAUGAGAUCGCUGCCAAGGCCGCGACUGCGGGUCAUUAAGAGGUCGUCGUCGACGCUUUGCUAGACAAGGCACAAUUAAUGAUUAGUAAUUGUUU